CAUAUAUGUCCCCAAGUUAAGAAAUCAUGAAAGAACUGAUUUCCCGUCCUUGAUCAUCGCUCAAAGAAAUUUCUUCAAAAUUGUUCCUUCAAAUUUUCAGAGACAGAAAUCAUAACACAUACUCACCAUGGCUCAGAACGCCCCAGAGAACUACGUGCCACUCUAUGCUACCCAGGACGAAUGGCAGGACAAAGAGCUUCAACAAUUUGCGAUUGACUUCUACCGCAUCUCGGACAACCCUGAAGAGAAUCAGCGUUGGGUAGACUCUUUCACGGAAGACGCAAGCGUGCAGAUUGGCGCUGACAAGGCGCGCGGCUCAAAAGAUCUGGUCGAAUUCCGAAGUCGGAUGUGGAAGCACAUCAAAGAGCGCAAACACACGGUUCACAAAGUCUUUCCUGGGCGUUUCUCAGACUCAAAUGAGUGCAUGAUCCUGGGAGACGUCAGCGUUACCACGACAGAUGGACGGCUCAAAGAGGCUGCUUGGUCGGCACAUGCAGUCGUCAGGAAGGUUGAUGGACAGUGGAAGUUUAGCCAAUACCGCGUCUGGCUGCAGACUGAUGGACAUCUGCUGUGAAAGUCAGGUUCUACAAAGAUGAUGGAACCAGCCGAAAAAAAAAAAAAAAAAAAAAAAAAGCAAAAA